AGGUGGUGGCUUCAGUGGUGGGUCGUGCGCAUGCGCACGUCCUCCUCCGUUCAUCAGUAGAUUAUAAGGGCAGCCCGGAGAGCGGAGCGUGGUUCAGUCUACAAUAUCUGGACCGGACCGAGGAGGGCAGGAAGCACAUUUGCAAGGCGGAGGCAAUGGAGGACAAAGAGAAAAAGAAGAAGGAUAAAAACUCCAAGAGCGACAGAGUCACUCUGAAAAAAGAAAUUGGACUUUUGAGCGCUUGCGCUAUUAUCAUUGGGAACAUCAUUGGCUCUGGCAUAUUCAUUUCACCUAAAGGAGUGUUGGAGCAUGCGGGCUCGGUGGGGCUGUCACUCAUCGUCUGGGUUUGUGGAGGGGGGAUCUGCGCCCUUGGGUCCAUGUGCUACGCUGAACUGGGGGUCACCAUCCCAAAGUCUGGCGGAGACUAUUCAUAUGUGACAGAAAUCUUUGGAGGGCUAGUGGGCUUCCUGUUGUUAUGGAGUGCUGUCCUCAUCAUGUAUCCGACCACGCUGGCUGUCAUAGCGCUCACCUUCUCCAAUUACGUCUUGCAGCCGGCCUUCCAGAACUGCCUGCCUCCGUACGUUGCCACCAGACUCCUCGCCACCAUCUGUAUCCUAUUCCUGACCUGGGUGAACUGCUCCAGUGUGCGCUGGGCAACAAGGAUCCAGGAUGUUUUCACUGUAGGAAAACUCCUCGCUCUGGCACUCAUCAUAGUGGUAGGACUCGUCCAGAUCUGUAGAGGUCACUAUGAUGCCCUGCGGCCCAGCGUGGCCUUUGAAUUCAGUCAGGACCCCUCGGUGGGACAGAUAGCGCUGGCCUUCCUUCAGGCCUCCUUUGCCUACAGCGGCUGGAAUUUCCUCAACUAUGUCACAGAGGAGAUCGUGGAGCCACGCAAGAACCUGCCCCGUGCUAUCUACAUUUCCAUCCCACUGGUGACCCUUGUCUACACUAUGACCAACAUUGCCUACUUCUCCUCCAUGACCCCUGAGGAGCUGCUGACCUCCAACGCUGUGGCAGUGACAUUCGGGGAAAAGCUGCUGGGGAUGUUUUCCUGGGUGAUGCCGAUCUCUGUAGCGUUGUCCACCUUUGGAGGAAUCAAUGGAUAUCUGUUCACCUCCUCCAGAUUGUGUUUCUCGGGAGCCAGAGAGGGUCACUUACCCUAUCUGCUGGCUAUGAUCCACCUAAAGAACUGCACUCCGAUCCCCGCCCUGCUGGUCUGUUGCAUUGCCACCAUAGUCAUCCUGUGCAUUGGAGAGACACACAACCUGAUCAACUAUGUGUCCUUUAUCAACUAUCUGUCCUAUGGGGUAACCAUUGCCAGCCUCCUCUACCUCCGCAAGAAGAGACCCAACCUGGCCAGACCCAUCAAGGUAAACCUGUUGAUCCCCAUCAGCUACAUGAUAUUUUGGGCGGUGCUGCUGGGCUUCAGUCUGUACUCUGAACCAGUGGUUUGUGGCCUGGGAAUGGUCAUCAUGCUGACUGGAGUCCCUGUAUACUUUGUGGGUGUUCAGUGGAAGGAGAAACCCAAAUGGGUCUACAGGCUAGUUGAAAGAGUCACAUAUAUGGGCCAGAAGGUCUGUUGUGUGGUGUUUCCUCAGGAAGACCCGUCAGAGACUGAACCCCUCACUGCCUCCAAAGCCACUGAUUGAGCAGUGCAGUCAACCAGGAAUUCCAUUUUUACAUCAACACCUGCACUUCCAGUUUUUGCGUUACAAAAUGUCACAUUGUUUGGUCCUUUUUUGUGAACGGCGAAGAGAUGCUUUUGUCCACGUUCUUGCACAGGUGCAGCCUGAGUGGGGCUGCGUUGAGGCGCCAGUAUAAAAGAAGCGGAUGGUUAUUACUUAGGGCAUUAGCAUGUUAAGCCCUAAAGCUGCAGAAUGUGUUUUUUUUGUUUGUUGGUUUGGUAGUACUGUCCCCACGUUCUCCUCACCAGUAUGCCAAGCUUUCUCUUUCAUACAGAUGUUUCGCUCGUCUUCUCCCUUCUACUCACUCAAGGAAACCCCAUCUGUCGUCUUCUGCUUCACUUCCAAGAUAUUUUCUUCUUUUAUGACUUUAACUAAGUCCUUGAGCUAAUGUGCCUUAUGAAAUGUAUGUGCUGGUAUAGUGUAUUGGUUUGUGCGGGUAUUUUGAUUGUGUAAUAACUUUUUGAGGUAAAUAUGCAAGCAGUUUCUGCACUUAGCAAUACUUCUCUAUUACUGCUGCUACCUUCGGCUCUGUUUCACUAAUUACUCACAUGAUGUUUACUGUGGAUGAGUGUAUCUCUGCCUGGCUAUCUCUGGCCAUUCUUUCUUUACACCCCCUGUUCUGUUUUUUUUAUUUAUUAUAUCACUACUCCUUAGAGUAUCCUUAGAGAUACUGUAGGUUCCUCAUAAUAUUAUUAUUAUUAUUAUUAUUAUUAUUAAUAGAGAUCUACACGACACACAUCUUUCCCAGCAAUAUUUACAGCACAGGAGAGACCAGAGAAUAAUGGGAAGUUUGUGGCUCAGAAAUGAGUAAGUUGCAUCAUUACAACACAUGUCAACAGGCUGUUCUUCCAGGUUUUUAAUGUUCGCCCGUCUCCUCCUUUGGUCUCUGAGUUGGGAAUCUCGAGCCUCUGUUGAGCUUGUUGCUUUGGAAAUGUUCUCAUCUCUGGGAAUGCCACUGUGAACUCUUUCAAGGUGCUUGACCUGCCAAGACAGUUAUUAGAUUUUCAGAUUUCUCACCUGAAAUUAUGAUACAGUACUUACCAUUAACAAGUUGAUCCAGAUUGAUAGAUCGGUGGCUGGCAGCGGAUGUUUACUUGUUCAUGGGCCUUCUCCCACUUCCCCAAAGACGCGUCAUCACUGCAAUUACCCCUGGCCCACUGACUUUUUAUAGAUCAACUGACUUAUUAUGAUACUAUUGACAUAGUGUAGUUAUAUAAUUACAUAAUUGAUUAUAGUCUCAUUGACCUACUGUGGACCUUCUGUGGUUCUGCAGACUCAACAUAUUGGCUUAUUUUGGCCCAAUUGAAAUACUAAGUUGCCCCCAAAUUAUUAUGGCUAAACUGAUUUCCUUACUCAAGUUGUGGUACCACUACCUUAACACAGCAUGGUAAUUUACUGUAAUCCAGGAGAUAUUGGUGUUUACGUGGAAUAGGGUACUCUCUUAUGGCACUUGUUUAUAAGCUGUUUAUGUUGUAAAUACAACAGAACACGAAAGUUUGGGCCAGUGGCCUUUUUUUUUUUUUUUUUACAUGAUGUAAACCAGCAGGUUGGAACUUGGAUUGAACAUUCAGUCAUUUUCCAGGGAAUUUUUCCCCCUCCGCAUCAAAUCCACAAAAAGAGACUCACUCUUAAGACAACAUGUAUGUCUGUCUGCCAUGUCCAGGCGCUGUUAGCUCAGUUGAGAUCUGUAAAUACUGUGUAAAGGAAAAAAAAAAAACUGUUACAAAUGCGCCAUGGACUCCUACAAAGAUCACAUUCCUCAGACACGUUGUGAAACAUUUACAUACUGUACAAUUGAUGAGUGUACCUGUGUGUUUUGUAAAAGAGUGUAAAGUUGUACAAGAAUAACAAUGUAAUUGCUUAUUAAAUUUAGCAACUUGUAA